GAAAAUGCUGAUGUUGAUAAUAAUGAUGAAGAAGAUGCUGAUGUUGAUAAUGAUGAAGAAGAUGCUUAUGUUGAUGAUAAUGACAAAGAAGAUGCUGAUGUUGAUGAUAAUGUUGAAGAAGAUGCUGAUGUUGAUGAUAAUGAUGAAGAAGAUGCUGAUGUUGAUAAGGAUGAAGAAGAUGAUGAUUAUGAUGAUGAAGACUACACCCGUAGUGUUGACUUUGCUGAUCAGCCCACAUCACUCCCGCAUUGUCGAGCAGAGCCUCAGUGGGCGGGGCUUCCCUAGCGCACAUCGCGCGCGCCUCCAGCUCGCGCCAGUUGGGAGAGCAGCGCGCGGACUCCCGAGUUUGUCCGUUAUGAGGCGGACAGGUCUGUUUGUGUUUCCCCUUUCAGUCCCCAGCUGCUAUGAGGAAAGCGGGUGUUUCUCAACUCGCACCUGAGGCUCAGGCCGAAUAAAAACACGCUUUUUUUUUUUUUUUAAACAGAAGAACUGUUGUGAAACUUUACCCGGGAGAGACAUGGCGUCUAUCGGGGACUUCGACCCGCUUAACACCACCGUCCCUGCCACCAAAAUAGAAGUGACCGUGUCGUGCAGAAACCUACUGGAUGUGGACACCUUCUCCAAGUCUGAUCCAGUUGUUGUCCUAUACGUGCAAGGAAUUGGGACAAAGGAAUGGAGAGAGUUUGGCAGGACCGAAAUGAUUGAAAACACUCUGAACCCAGACUUUGUGAGGAAAUUUGUUUUGGAUUACUUCUUUGAGGAGAAGCAGAACCUCCGAUUUGACGUAUAUAAUGUGGACUCCAGAAGUUCAAACAUUUCGAAGCAUAAAUCUUUCCUGGGCCAGACUUUCUGCACUCUGGGAGAGAUCAUUGGCUCAUCUGGAGCUCGUCUGGAGAGGGUGCUGUCGGGUAUCCCAGGCAAGAAAUGCGGGAACAUCGUAUUUACAGCAGAGGAGCUCAGCAAUUGCAGGGAUAUUGCCACCAUGCAGCUCUGUGCCAACAAGCUGGAUAAGAAAGAUUUCUUUGGGAAAUCGGACCCUUUUCUGGUGUUCUACCGCAGCAACGAGGAUGGCACGUUCACCAUCUGCCAUAAAACAGAGGUGAUCAAAAAUACUCUGAAUCCCGUGUGGCAGCCCUUCACCAUCCCUGUACGUGCUCUGUGUAACGGAGAUUAUGACAGAACAGUUAAAGUCGAUGUCUACGACUGGGACCGGGAUGGAAGUCACGAUUUUAUUGGCGAGUUUACCACCAGCUACAGGGAGCUGUCUCGAGGCCAGAGCCAGUUUAAUGUUUACGAGGUCCUCAACCCCAAAAAGAAAGGCAGGAAAAAGAAAUACAUAAAUUCUGGCACAGUAACGCUUUUGUCCUUCAAAGUGGAAUCAGAGUACACUUUUGUGGACUUUAUUAGGGGCGGGACUCAGCUCAACUUCACAGUAGCCAUAGACUUCACUGCUUCCAACGGUAACCCAUCCCAGCCCACAUCUCUCCACUACAUGAGUCCGUAUCAGAUGAAUGCCUACGCAAUGGCGUUAAAAGCAGUUGGUGAAAUCAUUCAAGAUUACGACAGCGACAAACUCUUCCCUGCUUAUGGGUUCGGGGCUAAAAUUCCUCCUGAUGGAAACGUCUCACAUGCUUUUCCUCUGAACUCGGACUGCGAGAAUGCUAAUUGUGUGGGAAUCGAGGGAGUCCUGGAAGCUUAUUACGAAUGUCUGCGGACAGUGCAGCUCUACGGACCCACGAACUUCGCUCCCGUCAUCAGCCAGGUGGCAGAGGCCGCAGCAGGUGUGACGGACGGCUCGCAGUACUUUGUGUUGCUCAUGAUCACAGAUGGAGUCAUCUCCGACAUGGUGCAGACUAAAGAGGCCGUGGUCAAUGCUUCCUCCCUGCCCAUGUCAAUCAUCAUUGUUGGGGUGGGGCCUGCCGAGUUUGAUGCGAUGGAGGAGUUGGAUGGUGACGAGAUUCGGGUGUCCUCUCGGGGCCGCGUCGCCGAACGGGACAUUGUUCAGUUUGUGCCAUUCAGGGACUACAUUGACCGCUCGGGAAAUCAGGUGCUCAGCAUGGCUCGUCUGGCCAAGGAUGUACUGGCUGAGAUCCCGGAGCAGCUGCUGUCUUUCAUGAAGAGCCGUGGCAUCGAACCCAGACCUGCGCUGUCCCACUCUCCUACACCACAUAUCCACAUACACCUCUGAUUCCAGAUCACGCUCCUGUUCACACUGCAGAUUAGCUGGAUAUAAUACCUUUAUAUUCAUCCAAUCCUGACUGAAAUAUUAACUCUAUACUGUAGUCUAGUUGUAUGUGGUUGCGUCACCCUUUGUUGGUAAUGAUCACCUUGUUCGUCAUCGGUUUGCACUUACUCAGGUUGGAAAUAACGUCUCGUCGUUUACGGACGUACGUACGGCGAUCUCUGUAUGGCUCUCCCACAGUCUCUACGUGCUGUAAGUGUGUG